AUGAAGGCAAUGGUUUCCUACAGCCGGUACCAACAGUCCACACAGGUAAUCCUAGAUUUCUCCUCCAAAGGUAUUGCAUUAAAAACUGGAUCGCUCCAAAGGCUCUUAGAUGCAGAGCCGGAUCUUCAGAAUCGGACCUAUAAAGUGAUCAACGUAUGGAGAAGAAUAGCUGGUGCUCCGGAUGACUGGCCGUUAGCAGUUUGUGACUACCAAUCUCUAAAUUUGAGGACUGACGUAGAAGAGGUUGAUCGAGUGGCGCAAAACUCUAUAACCGCCAGCAACCGUUUCUACCAUAAUCCUCGACAUAGUUGGUACUUCUUGAAAAAGCAGUCAUACGACGACGUCACAAUGUUUUGCAACUGCGAUUCGCGUGGCCCGCAGUAUCCAUUCAGCCCUCACGCGGCGCUAGAAAUCAAACACCCUGACUCCGAAGGUGAAACUGAGAUUGAGACUUCGUACCCACCAAGGGAGAGUAUUGAGGUUAGAGCCUUUUGCUUCUUCUGA